AUGACCACCAAUCUCCCCCGCCAAUCCAGCAUCGAUCUAGACUCGGCCGAUCGGCCCUUCGACAAUAUCAUCAACUUUCGCGAUGUCGGACGCUCGAUCAAUCAAUUGAUGGGAUCUCGCAUCUUAAAAGAAGGUGUCCUUUUCCGAAGUGCAAGGCUAGACGAUGCCUCAGAACGAGAUAGACGGCGCCUAGCCGAAGAGCUACACAUCUCAACCGUCCUGGAUCUGAGAUCGAUGACCGAACACGAAAUGGCCACUCGGAAACUUCGCGGCGAGGAUGCUCUCAACCCAGAGCAAGUGUCUCUCCCUCCUACGGAGGCAAACGAGCAUCUCAUGGAGAUCCCCGGUGUGCAACGGUCCCUGAUCAGUCUCACGGGCAGAGCGUUCGAACGGGCCCUACUAUGGCGCUUGGACUGGUAUAACCUCAUACGAGUCCUCGCCCUCGUAGCCUCGGGCUACCGCACCGAAGCGGUCACCAUCGUGGGCCAGCAGGUCAUGGCGCCGCGGGGCCUGAUCGGGCUCGGCCAGGACACGCUGGACAGCAGCACGGCGGAGAUCCGCGAGAUCUUCGAGCUGCUGGUGUCCCCCGCCGCGUACCCGGUCCUCGUGCACUGCACGCAGGGCAAAGACCGCACGGGUCUGAUUGUGCUUCUGCUUCUGCUCCUUGUGCCGGAGGUGUCGGCGGAUGCGAUCGCGGCGGACUACGUCAAGUCGGAGCCGGAGCUGGUCGUCGAGUUCGAGGAGCGCAUGAAGGAGAUCCGCGUGCUGGGCUUGGAUGAGGAGUAUACCAAGUGUCCGCCGGGGUUUACGCAGCAGAUCCGGGCGCAUCUGGAUGCGAAAUACGGCGGGGUUGAAGGGUAUCUGAUGUCUGUUGGGAUUGAUCGCGACAAGCAGGAGUUGAUCAGGCAGCGGUUGCUCGCAUAG